UGUGUGAAAUGUCUGCUUUCUAUAUUGAUUGGCCAUAGAAAAAUGCAGGGCCAGGACUGGUCACGUGUUGUUUAUACAGGAAUCUGUCGGUCUGGCUCACUGAGCGUUCAGACAUUCACAAACAAAACCCUGUCAGCAAUGUGUUCUACUCAAAAUUGCUUUUUCUUCUAUUGAGAGGACUAAUAAACAUGGUGGGGUUUUUGUUUUUGUUUUGUUUUGCUUCUGAAAUGUGAAUUUUUGCCUCAAUUUGAGAAGUAUGCACUUACCAUCUCUUGUAAUUGUGAGUAACUCGUGUCAGUUAACCUUUGGUAAGGACUUAUUUUCAGGAUGACGUUUCUUUCUGACCUAAAGUAAAUCGAAAAGUCAGACCCGUUUUCCCAUCUUGGUGUUGUAGAAUUUUGCUCUCCUUACAUUUUACUAAUUAAUGUUAAGUUUACUUCACGUUGAGCUUUUGUUGGUAGGUUUUAGAUUGGGCCCAAAAUUCCUCAAAGGUGCAGUCCAUUGGUAAACACAAGACUGGCAGUUCUGUUGCUCUCUGAAGUCCACGGUUAUCCACAUAGGACUGUUCACUCCCGCAGUUCUGUGGGAAGAAGGGAAUGCUUUAACUCCUUUCCCCCUUUUUUUGAUCUCAUAAGCAUUACCAUACAUUCUGUUAACUUCAGCUAUUCAUAGGACUCAUAGUGAGAUGGAGGGAAGAAGUGUCUUAGUAUUUAACUUCUCUGUAGAUUCUAUUUCUUCUGAUUAGUGGAAAUAAUGAGGUAUUUCGUGGAACCCAACCAUUAAACUUGGAAUGUGUUUAAGGUGGGUGGUAAGUUCCUAGAAACUUGAGUGCAGUCUUAGCCAAAUGAUAACUGGGUUUUCAAAAAAACGUUACGCAUUUUUCAGUAGAGUCAUUUUUCUUCUUACCCACUUCCUAAGCCCAGGAAAAAGGAUUGGACCUGUUGCCAUGAAAUACAUGAAAUAUAUGAAUGAAAUUGUCAAAUAUUCUUCAUUAGAGCUCAGUUUUACUGACUUCAGUUUUGUGGGAUUUGAAUAGAGUGAACAAUAUUUAAAUAACUUAAAGAGUAUUAGAAAUGACAGGUUGAUUUGAAGUACAUUUACAUAAGUAUAUGAACAUUAUUCCUGGUUUCCUGGCCAGGAAUUUCAGUACCUGAGUUCCUCUGUGUGGGAAAAAGAGGUUAUUGUAGGAGAUUUGGAGAAAAUAUAAUCCUUUAAUGAGAGAUGCUUUUGAAAAUUCUCCCCUUUCUCUGUUCUACUCCCAUUCCUCUCACAAGUGUUGAUGUGUAGUUUCCAUGGUAAGCAGACAAUUCUAAGUAUUCCUCAGUUUACUCUCAAUUUUUUAAAGCAUACUGAGAAACUUUAGUAGUCAUAAUCAUUAAGUGGCUGUGCUCUUAAUUACCACGUGAAUUUGUUUGACUAUAUGGGAAAUGUUUUCUUUUUGCUAUUUUGAUUGUAAAAAUCACUGCCUUGGUUGAAAAUGAAAUCCCAGUGAAAAAGUUAGGAUCAAUUUUGCUUCAGUCUGUAUUUACAGAGCUUUCUUAAUAAGUCACUAUAGAACUGAGAGGAAAAAAAGAAAAGUGAUAUCCAAGAUGAAAGGACAUACCUUUUUUAGCAUAGUUGGUGUCUCUUUUAUGUUCUUACUUAAUUUUUUAGCAGUGGUGUAACUUAAUCGUAAUGCAGUGCAGAAGCUUAUAUUUGUCACUGAAUUUAUUUAGGGUGCUGAGCAUAUUUACCCUGAUGUUGCCAUGUAGUUUUUUCUGUAUGGUUGGGAAGCGGGAACGCAGAGCAGUAGACCUGAACUCUAAACUUAAUUGGGGUAGAAAAAGCUGUACUGAAAUUGACUCACACUUGAUGAAUCCUUCAAAAGACAAGGUGUUAGUUUUUUAAUUACUGUUUGUCACAACUUUAAAUGUUCUGUUUGUAAAGUGGUUGACAAUCUUAACGACCAAAUGGUCUUUUCCAAAUAUCCUCAACUGUGAGGGUUGUUUGAUAACAUGAAAGCAAACUACUACUGGGCCCGAUAUCUUGUCCUCCUGUAGGAGAAACAUGUCUCCUCAUAGAAAUGAAGACCAGCUUGUUAUGAUUGAUGCCUUCCUGCUUCUCAUUUGGUUUCUCUGCACUUGGCAUCAGCCUUGUCAAGAUUAGUCUUGUUGAACUAGUUUGUGUCAUGAUGUAUACCAUCAGAAUAUUCUGUAAAAUCUUUGAAUGAAUUUUCUCUUACCUGAAAUACCAUUUAUCCAGGGUGAAAAAAGAACUGUUUGAGUGCUGAGACCUUGUAUUUGGGACCACUAGAUCUAGUGUACGUGUGUAGUGGGGAUUAAGGAGUUGGAAAAGUGCUACAAAACAUUUGAACAGUGAUUGCAUUAAUAAAAAUAAUUGCAGAUAUUUUUAUAAUAGUGCUGUAUGUCAGGCUCUGUUCCAAGCUCCGUAUGAAACUCACUUAAUCCUUAAUCCAUUGAAGAAAAGAGUUCUAUUUUUAAUCCCCCAUUUUGCAGAUGAAUAUACCACUGCAUACAAAUUACUCCAGAGGAUGCACAGAACAUAGGAUGUUGCCACAAAAUCUACCUCGUGUGUUAUUUUCUUUAACUCGUGAGCUGCACAAGAAUUACAAAUUUGAGCAAGAUGUCUGCAGACUGUGUUGAAAAACUGAAGAACCUAAUUAAAGAUGACCUAGAAAUGAUUCUAAACCUCUAACAAGAUACUGUUCAAUAGUGAAUGUGUCAGACUUGGUUCUGAAUGCUGCGGAUAAUAGCAAGUAGAGUUUCUUCUUUAUUUCUGAAGCGUUCACUUGACCUUCCAUCAGUAAGACUGACUUUUCUAAUCUGUUCCGGGAGCUAUUAAUGGAAUACAGUCAUGUCCACUCAAGAGGAGAGGCAGAUCAAUACGGAAUAUGCUGUGUCCUUGUUGGAGCAGUUAAAACUGUUUUAUGAACAGCAGUUGUUUACUGACAUAGUGUUAAUUGUUGAGGGCACUGAAUUCCCUUGUCAUAAGAUGGUUCUGGCAACAUGUAGCUCAUAUUUUAGGGCCAUGUUCAUGAGUGGGCUAAGCGAAAGCAAACAGACACAUGUACACCUGAGGAACGUGGAUGCAGCCACCUUACAGAUAAUAAUAACUUACGCAUACACGGGUAACUUGGCAAUAAAUGAUAGCACUGUAGAACAACUUUAUGAAACAGCUUGCUUCCUGCAGGUAGAAGAUGUGUUACAACGUUGUCGAGAAUAUUUAAUUAAAAAAAUUAAUGCAGAGAAUUGUGUGCGAUUGUUGAGUUUUGCUGAUCUAUUCAGCUGUGAGGAGUUAAAACAAAGUGCUAAAAGAAUGGUGGAACACAAGUUCACUGUUGUGUAUCACCAGGAAGCUUUCAUGCAGCUGUCACAUGACCUACUGAUAGACAUUCUCAGUAGUGACAACUUAAAUGUAGAAAAAGAGGAAACAGUUCGUGAAGCUGCUAUGCUGUGGCUAGAGUACAACACGGAAUCACGAUCCCAGUAUUUGUCUUCAGUUCUUAGCCAAAUCAGAAUUGAUGCACUUUCAGAAGUAACACAGAGAGCUUGGUUUCAAGGUCUGCCACCCAAUGAUAAGUCUGUAGUAGUUCAGGGUCUAUAUAAGUCUAUGCCCAAGUUUUUCAAACCAAGACUUGGAAUGACUAAAGAAGAGAUGAUGAUUUUCAUUGAAGCAUCUUCAGAAAAUUCUUGUGGUCUUUACUCUUCUGUCUGUUACAGCCCCCAAGCAGAAAAAGUUUACAAGUUAUGCAGCCCACCAGCUGAUUUGCAUAAGGUGGGAACCGUUGUAACUCCUGAUAAUGACAUCUAUAUAGCAGGGGGUCAGGUUCCUCUGAAAAACACAAAAACAAAUCACAGUAAAACAAGCAAACUUCAGACUGCCUUCAGAACUGUGAAUUGCUUUUAUUGGUUUGAUGCACAGCAAAAUACGUGGUUCCCAAAGACACCAAUGCUUUUUGUCCGCAUAAAACCAUCUUUGGUUUGUUGUGAAGGCUAUAUCUAUGCAAUUGGAGGAGAUAGUGUAGGUGGAGAACUGAAUCGGAGGACUGUGGAAAGAUACGACACUGAGAAGGAUGAGUGGACGAUGGUCAGCCCUUUGCCUUGCGCUUGGCAGUGGAGUGCAGCCGUUGUGGUUCAUGAUUGCAUUUAUGUGAUGACACUGAACCUCAUGUACUGUUAUUUUCCAAGGUCUGACUCAUGGGUUGAAAUGGCCAUGAGACAGACUAGUAGAUCUUUUGCUUCUGCUGCAGCUUUUGGUGAUAAAAUUUUCUACAUUGGAGGGUUGCAUAUAGCUACCAAUUCUGGCAUAAGACUCCCCUCUGGCACCGUAGAUGGGUCUUCAGUAACUGUGGAAAUUUAUGAUGUGACUAAAAAUGAGUGGAAAAUGGCAGCCAACAUCCCUGCAAAGAGGUACUCGGACCCCUGUGUUAGAGCUGUUGUGAUCUCAAAUUCUCUGUGUGUGUUUAUGCGAGAAACCCACUUAAACGAGAGAGCUAAAUAUGUCACCUACCAAUAUGAUCUGGAACUUGACCGGUGGUCUCUGCGGCAGCAUAUAUCCGAACGCGUGCUGUGGGACUUAGGGAGAGACUUUCGAUGCACUGUGGGGAAACUUUAUCCAUCCUGCCUUGAAGAAUCUCCAUGGAAACCACCAACUUACCUUUUUUCACCAGACGGGACAGAGGAGUUUGAACUGGAUGGAGAAAUGGUUGCACUACCACCUGUAUAGUUGGGGAGUUCACAGAGUGCACGCCUGAUUUAUGUACUUUGUCAUUUUCUUUGCUAAACAAGAGAGGCUAUGAAAGGACUAAAUAUGAGUAAAGUCUAUCUUUGAUAAAUUUUAUUUUUAUGCCCUACUUAAUAUUUGCAUCAGUAUAAUAUAUAUCAGUGAGUCUUACAGAAAGAUAUGCUUCCACAAUAUGAAAUAGAUUAUACAAUAAUUGAGAAACUUCUAUGUGUAUCAUGAGAGCAUAAAAAUCUGGAUUAUCUAACAUUGUUAGCCCUGUGUAUGUACAGUUCAAAAAGUUCACUUAUUAAAGUAGUUUCCUGUUCCUAGUGUGGUAUAUCACAAAUUGUGCUGAGGUUAUUUUAGUAUAUGUAUUUCAUUCCUGUGCUUCUAUUGUGAAGUCCUGGAAUACAGUUUUUUCAGUGUAAUUAAUUCAGCUGCACUUAACACUAACGUCCAUGUUGGUAUAGAAAUGUUUAAAUCCUAUGCUAUAGUUGAGGAAGAUCUUCCAUUUAUGGUAUUACAGGGAAAGCUCUGACUGCAGGAUCAGUCUAACUAUACUAUUAGGUGCAUGUAUUCCCUUUUCACUAACUUAUUUUUGUCUCUCUAGACUACAGGUCUUCCAGUCAGCUGGUCAUUUACCAGGUGUGGACUUAAGUUGCUGGGCUUGCAAUAAGAAUUGCUAGCCCCUCAUUGUGCGGGUCUGGGUGGAGCUUUAAUCAGUAAAUGCCUCCACUUUCUGUAUUACAUUAACAUUGGCUCAUGCAUAUAACUACCUGCUGCUGAUGUAUUUCUCCAUCUUAAAGAUUUAGAGUGGGUUAACCAGGUCAUUACAUCUUAAUUUAAUAACAAGCAUUACUGUAGAGUGAUUGUGUAUAGAUAUCCGUUAGCUGUCAGGUUGUGUUUUUUUUUUUUUUUUAACCUGUUGUGUGUGUGUGUGGGGUGGGUAGGAUUAGAAAGGCGAACUGUUCAGGAAUUCUCUGCACUAGCUGUGCAGAAGAGCAGAUAACUAGUGCUGCUCUGGCAUUAAUCCCAGGAACCACUAGCAGUAGCGGGGUGCCGCCAAUCUAACAUGAGCACAGGUGCUUCAUGACAAACAUUACUAGCAUGUUCAACUGCAUAAUGUUCUGGCACUGUAUUUUGAAUGACAUUAAUUUAUUAAAUAAAUUGUAUAUAUUCAA